GUGUGGAGUAUACGGCAUUUGUGUGGUCAGUGUACAGACGACCAUCACCAUGAACACCACACUACCAGCGCUGCUCGCUGUCCUCGUCCUGUGUCUACACACGGCGGCCCACGACUCUUCUCAGUGUCACGUGGCAAAAGGCUGCUCGUGCGCCUUUGUCGGCGAUGACGUUGAUGUGAGCAACAAGAGCGAUGACUGUGACUGGAGGUCAGUGGGUCUGGCCGGUGCUAUAGGUGUUCUCAGUGGCCUUCUGCUGUCGGGAGGCGCUGCUGCCGUCUACCUGCACUGCCGUGGGAAAGGAGGAACACAGCGGGGGGACUACGGCCAGGACACGGGGAGCCACGACCGCCCGCCAUCAACAAACAGCUCAGCAUCCGAUACUCCGCUGACAUGGCGGCCUGCCACCAGCAGCAGCGGCUCCACAAACAUCUACCGCCACACCAAGGUCUGGCCUGGUACACCGUAACAGGUGGAGCCAGCUACACACUACGAGCCUCCAGUCCAUCUCUCUCAGCCACCACUCCGUCACUCAAGACCUCCAGCUUACACUUGGCACUUAGACAACAGCUGUUACUUUUGUGGAACUAAGUUGUGACUACAUCAAACCUUUUUAAGACAUUUGGCACUUGAAUAACACAACGAUUACUCUUGCAGAACCUGUGCAACAACAAUUACUUUGACCAUGCUUGGCAACAACAACAACCAGCACAGACCAUGACCACAGCUGACGUCGCCUUGGCAACAGCAACUAACAUCAAAAAGUAGCAACAACAAUACACUUUCUGAAUUUGGAAUUGUCAGACUCGUCGGAGAUACGCCACUUCGUCAAGGCUCGUCAAUAUUUCUCCGACUCUAGUGGUUUCUAAUACACGUCUGCACAUUUCUAAUUUCUUUCUCCCCCACCCCGUGUAUAGUGUAUGUUUUUUUGGGUUUUUUAAAAGUUCCUUCGACCUAAAUUUGUGUCACAUUUAUGAAGUUUUUUCCUUUCUCUUCAGGAAGUACAUUUGUCUGCUUGCAUUCAAUGCAAGUGUAUCUGGUUGUAGUCCUGCUAUAAAUCGUCGUUUUUCAAGAUGUCAGGGUGUCUUUCACUUUGACAUCUUUACGCCCCCAAGCUCUUGGCGCCGUGCGAUGAUCAGAAAUAUCUUCAGCUCAGACUAUCUUUCUCAAAUUAUCUUUGCCUGUCGAGGUGAUGUGGUGACGAGGUGUGGUGUUGAGGUGAUGUGAUGUGGUGGUGUGGUGCACAGACCACACGGAGCUGCCGUGUCCAUAGCUCUUAUUUCUCUCUGCUUCUUGUCCUGCUCAUCUGAGUUUCGUUGUUGACUAGACAGACGAUCGUGUUUUCGUGAAUGGCGUUUUACGAUGCUUCAAUGCUUAGACACCAUGCUGUGUCCAUGAGCAGGUCUUAGCGACAAAGGAAAUGUUUCUUGAGUUCCAAUCCCUUCAUUUCAUAUGUUACAUGUUACACAUGCCCUCUGUCGAAUGUUACCUGUAAUACGUCAUCUUCAGGUGUUUUGUGUGCGUUCUUUGAAGCAUCCAUUCCCAGCGAAAUAUUCUUUAAGAUAUUCGUUGCUGCUUUCCUUCUUUCUUUGGUUUUUGCGUUCUGCCGCUUUUUUUUUCUGUCCUCUUUGAUUUUAUUUCUUUUGCUCCUUCUUUUCUAAUUUUUAAUUUCUUUCAACGUUUCUUUUUAUACCAUUUUAUUUUCUUUUCUAUUUUUCCUUUCGUUAUAUAGUAUUAUCUCCUGGUUUCUAUAAUGCAAAACAUUCCUAUGAAACAAAACAUUUAAGGAACACUGUUUUCUGCUGGCUGCUGGUUUCAUCAAGCACGUGUUCACAUAACUGUCAUAGUUCCAGUGACCAAUUUCUGCUGCCUGCUUAAAUUUACAGCACCCCGCAAUGAUGUACUAACGCUCCACUACUAAAACAUCAGGAUAUGACGUACUUAACACCCAAUAAAUCACUGAAAUCCUCACAUUACUAAAUGAAAUACAAACACACAGUUUAAUGACACACCAACUAACCGUCUCUACAUCAGUGACUAACAUACCCCUAAAUCUCGUACUUACAGGCAGCUAAUCACGUGCAAAGCCACCACUCAAUCAUGACGACAGAA